AUUAGUUUUAACAACAACACUCGAUAGACAACGACAAACCUAGCGAAUAGUUCUCAAAUUCAUUAGACAAUUGCAAUACUCUAUACCCGAACGCGAUUCCAAAAAAAUAUAUACAAAACCAAAAUUACGGUUUACGUGAUUCGUAAAAUCGAUUGGACAACAGACUGUUUCAUUUCACAUGAAAUUCCAUUACUUGUGAAAGAAAAGUGAUGAAGUCAGUGUUAAGAAGUGUUUUUGAAAUAAAAUAUUUGUAAAUAAAAAUCUGUGCAAAAAGGAAACAAGGAUUACUCUCCGGAAAACAACAAUAAAAACACAGCAAUAUGGCGCUCACUUUUCAAGUGCCAUUCUUGAUGAUACUGCUGACGUUAGCUCAUGGUGCCCGCUUAGAUAAUCGAUACCUUCCGCCCCCACCUAAUGCUGCCACGGCAGGUGGUGGUCCUGGUCUUCAAGGUCCAGGAGGCGGUGGUGGACCAGGAGGCAGGCCAGGAGGAUUUGGUGGUGGUGGCGGCGCUGGCGGAGGGGGUGGAGGAGGUGCAGGCGGUGGUGGCGGUGGGGGAUUUGGAGGCGGAGGUGGCGGUGGCGGCAACAAUGGCCUUGGAGGUUUCUCCGGUGCAGGUGGCCCAGGUCGACCAUUUGGACCCUCCGGUGGUAGUGGUCCAGGAGCGCGGCCCAGUGCACCUUCCGGCCCCUCUGCACCAGCUGGACCAGUCAUUCCAAUUCUAUCAUUUGUAAAUGAAAACGAUGGCGAUGGCAACUAUCGCUUUAGCUACGAAACGGGUAAUGGCAUAAAGGCUGAGGAAGAAGGCACAGUUAAAAAUAAAGGAUCUGACAAUGAAAUUCCCUCUGUGAUGGGUACAUAUUCAUAUACUGCGCCCGAUGGUCAGGUGAUAGAAGUUGCUUAUACCGCCGAUGAAAAUGGUUUCCAACCACAAGGAGAUUUGUUACCAACUCCUCCUCCAAUACCUGAGGCGAUAGCAAAGGCUCUGGCUGCCCAAGGAAUUCAACCGGCACCUGGUGGUGGUUUCAUUGGUGGAACUGGUUCAGGUGCAGGUGCAGGUGGAACUGGACGUGGAGGUGGUGCUGGAAGUUUUGGUGGAGCCGGUGGUGGCACCGGAGCUGGCGGAUAUGGUGGUGGAGGAGCAGGAGGUGGUGCCGGUAGAGGUGGAGGCGGCGGAACAGGUGCCGGCGCAGGUGGUGGAUUUGGUGGAGGAGCAGGAGGUGGAGCUGGUAGAGGUGGUGGAGCCGGAGGAUUUGGCGGUGGUUCUGGCGCAGGUGGUGCUGGUGGCGCCGGUGCUGGAGGCGGCUAUGGCGGUGGCGCUGGGUCAGGCGGAGGUGCUGGUAGAGGCGGUGGAGCUGGCGGAGGAGGUGCCGGCGGAUUCGGUGGUACUUCCGGGGCUGGUGGUUUUGGCGGUGGCGCCGGAGCUAGUGGUAGAGGAGGAGGUGCCGGUGCUGGCGGCGGUUAUGGUGGUGGCGCUGGUGCAGGUGCAGGUGGCGGUGCUGGUAGAGGUGGCGGAGCCGGUGCUGGUGGAUAUGGAGGAGGUGGUGGCGCUGGAGCCGGUGGCGGUGCUGGUAGAGGAGGUGGAGCUGGCGCAGGAGGUGCCGGCGGAUUUGGCGGUGGCGCCGGAGCUGGUGGUAGAGGUGGAGGUGCCGGUACUGGUGGCGGUUAUGGUGGUGGCGCUGGGGCAGGUGGAGGUGCUGGUAGAGGCGGGGGAGCCGGUGCUGGUGGUGCCGGUGGAUUUGGGGGAGGUGGCGCUGGAGCCGGUGGCGGUGCUGGUAGAGGAGGUGGAGCUGGCGCAGGAGGUACCGGCGGAUUCGGCGGUGGUUCCGGGGCUGGUGGUUUUGGCGGUGGCGCCGGAGCUGGCGGUAGAGGAGGAGGUGGCGGUGCUGGCGGCGGUUAUGGUGGUGGUGCUGGUAAAGGCGGUGGAGCCGGUGGAUUUGGAGGAGGUGGCGCUGGAGCCGGUGGCGGUGCUGGUAGAGGAGGUGGAGCUGGCGCAGGAGGUGCCGGCGGAUUUGGCGGUGGUUCCGGAGCUGGUGGUUUUGGAGGUGGAGCCGGCGCAGGUGGUGCUGGUGGAUUUGGAGGUGGUUCCGGCGCCGGUGGUGCUGGAGGUCGUGGCGGAGGCGCCGGUGCAGGCGGAGGUUAUGGUGGUGGCGGUGGUGCUGGUGGUGGAGCUGGCAAAGGCGGUGGAGCGGGCGCAGGUGGUUAUGGAGGCGGAUCAGGCGCCGGCGGAGGUGCCGGUGGUUUUGGUGGUGCCGGUGGCUUUGGCGGUGCCGGUGGUAAAGGAGGCGGUACCGGUGGCGCUGGUGGUUUUGGUGGCGGUGCAGGUGGUGCCGGUGGAAGAGGAGGUGGGGCUGGUGUUGGAGGCGGUUUUGGUGGUGGUGCCGGCGGAGGUGCCGGCGGAGGUGCUGGUGCAGGUGGCGGCGCUGGUAGAGGAGGCGGAGCAGGAGGAGCUGGUGGUUAUGGAGGUGGUGCAGGAGGUGCCGGUGGCUUCGGUGGUAGCGGUGGUGCCGGUGGAAAAGGAGGAGGUGCCGGCGGCUUCGGUGGCGGUGCUGGUGGAGCCGGUGGAAGAGGAGGUGGGGCUGGUGUUGGAGGCGGUUUUGGUGGUGGUGCCGGCGGAGGUGCUGGUGCAGGUGGUGGCGCUGGUAGAGGAGGCGGAGCAGGAGGAGCUGGUGGUUAUGGAGGUGGUGCAGGAGGUGCCGGUGGCUUCGGUGGUGCCGGUGGAAAAGGAGGCGGAGCAAGCGCCGGUGGCGGUUUUGGUGGUGGAGGUGCCGGCGGCUUCGGUGGCGGUGCUGGUGGAGCCGGUGGAAGAGGUGGUGGAGCUGGCGCUGGAGGCGGUUUUGGUGGUGGUGGUGCUGGUGGUUACGGUGGUGGUGCGGGAGGUGCUGGCGGUAAAGGUGCUGGUGCUGGUGGGGCAGGCGGUUUUGGUGGUGGUGGUGGCGCCGGUGGCGGUGCUGGUGGUAGAGGAGGUGGCGCUGGAGCUGGUGGCGCUGGCGGUUUUGGUGGCGGUGCUGGUGCCGGUGGUAAAGAAGCUGGUGGUGGCGCUGGAGGUUUCGGUGGAGCCGGUGGUUCAGGUCCUGCGCCAGGCUUACCGGGUCGUGGUCAUCCAAGUGGCGAUUUUAAUCCCCAAACUGGUUACAACUAUUAAAUCUCAAUCACUCGUUAAGCCUCAGUACUCAAUGCAACGAUAUCUGCCACAAAUACUCGUAGCAUCUAAGCCCCUAUACUAAUUUACUUUACUUUAACUUACCCGAUAUUGCAAAAAAAUUAUAUCUUCAUACCUCCUACACUACACUACACUACAAUACUCAAGUUCAAGCGUUAAUUAAUUUAAGUAACUUCAUUUAAACAAAUCAUUAGCCUACCGAUGUCCAUUUUAAGAAGUCCUUGUGUUUUUUCGUUUUCUCAUUUUGUUUUAUGUGAACUUUAGUGUAAUAAGUCAAUCAUUGUUAAAUUCUGUUGUUUUUCUUUUGUUCAUCGCAAGAAUAUGGCUAGUGAGCGAUUUCAAAAUUUGAUUAAGAUGAGAUUUCGUGAAAUUCUUCGAAAGCACAGAAGCAGCAUUUGCCAAAUUUUAUGUAAAUAUAAUUAAGUUCGAAUGUAAAACAAAUGCAAAUGAAUAAUAAUAAAAAAAUAUUUAACAAU